AGGAGGUGGAUAAUAAUAUUGGCCAGGGGAUUCUUUAACUCAGCCUUCAUCUCCUAUCUUUGUCUGAUAAACUCUGUUUAUGCAACCCAAAGAUCCUUUCUCCGAAACUGAGGUUGUUCAUAUUGUUCUACUUUUUUAUUGUUUUUUCUUGGACUAUAAAUUAGAAGCACCAUCCUUGGCGCGAUAGACAUCCAUCACUUACACCGCAUUCUCAUUUUCUCUCAUAUCGCUUCUACAUCAUGUCUGUCAUGGGGGAUCACAGCUCUUCGGAGCUCACCAUGACCGUUCUCGGUUGUGGAACCAUGGGUAUCGCCAUCCUCAAUGGCAUCUUCACUUCCCUACUAGAAAUGCAGGCUCCCAAGCCUCUUCAGACCCUCCACACCCCCUCGGCGUCGGGCACAUCCACCCCCUUGGGCGACGAGGUCCCCCAUCGCCUACCAUCCCGCUUUAUCGCCUGCGUCCGCCGCUCUGACAGCGCCAAGAAGGUGAAGAAGGCCUUGUGGGAGCACUCCUCCAUCCUCAAGGUCGUCCAAAACGACAACGUCAACUCCGUCUCCCAGUCCGACGUCGUCAUCCUCGCCUGCAAGCCCUACAUGGUCAAGGACGUCCUCAGCGAACCCGGCAUGACCCGUGCCCUGCACGGCAAGCUCCUCAUCAGCAUCUGCGCUGGUCUCACCGAGGAGCACCUCGAGGAGAUCCUCCACGGCGCCGUCCCGACAAAGGACCCCGAGGAGGACGGCCGCUGCCGCAUUAUCCGCGCCCUCCCCAACACUGCCUCCCUCAUCCGCGAGAGCAUGACCGUCAUCGGUGCGCCGACGUACCCCCUCCCGCGCGAGGCCGCCAACCUCGUCACCUGGAUCUUCAAGCGCAUCGGCGACGUCGUCUACCUGCCCGCCGAGAACAUGGACGUCAGCACCGCCCUCUGCGGUUCAGGCCCGGCGUUUUUCUCUUUGGUUCUCGAGGCCGCCAUCGACGGCGCCGUCGCCAUGGGUCUCCCGCGCGCCGAGGCCACGAGGAUGGCGGCGCAGACUAUGAAGGGCGCCGCUGGCCUGGUCCAGAACGGCGAUCACCCUGCCCUCCUUCGCGACAAGGUCACUACGCCUGGUGGAUGCACUAUCGGUGGUUUGCUGGUGCUCGAGGAGGGUCGUGUGAGGGGUACCGUCUCGCGUGCCGUGCGUGAGGCUACUGUUGUUGCCGGCCAGCAGGGCCAGGGCAUCCAGGGGGUGAACGGCACCCGUUUCGUUUCGCAGUCGGGAUACCCUCAGUUCUGAGACGGUUGGAAAAGUUUAUAGAUUUCUGCGCAAGAGUACAUAAUGUACAAUUCUCAUGAAUAAUGAAUAAAUACAUGUUAUCUAGCUUGGUUUAUCUGGCCAACAUUGUGUCUACUUACUUUUCCCGCACAACUAUCAGAUUGACUACUUCCAUUCUAGAGGGUAUAAUGUAAACAGGGGAGUGAACAUCAAAGUCAUAAUAAAAGUGAAUCAGUCUCAAGCAUUCAUUGUCUUGAUGGGAGUAAGAUCUAAACAUUGUUAAUGGUAGUAAACAUGGAUCAUUGUCUUCUAUCUCGGCGUCUUGAAUAUCAAAUCAGAAAGAGUAUUACUAUGUUUCAGACACAAAAAGAUAGUCAUGAAUGAAUAACAGACACUACAAACAUACGUGACAUUCAACUUAGUUAGGUACAGUAAAAGUGCAAAAGCUCGGCCUCCCUCACGGGAGACCUACGAAAACCCCUGCCGACUCUGUACGUCCUAUU